AUGCUCUGCCGCCGGAAGGGCUUCCAGCGGCAGCUUGCGCGGCGUCUCCUGCAGUCCACAGGGCAUCGUAAGCACCGCUUCAGCGCGUCACAUGCAGCUCACGCAUCGCUCUAUGCGUCUGUGCAUCAACCAAGCUCGCUUCCACUGCCAAACGCGCUCCACGAGCGGGUCAAGCAGUCGCCACUCGCGCCGACGUACGAUCCUACAGUUGUAGAGCAAGGAUGGCAGACCUACUGGCAGUCGACAAUAGCGGCCACAAACCGACAGUUGAAGAACAUGGAUACCGAUCAGGUCAACCCGACGUUCCGGAUGCUGCUGCCGCCGCCAAACGUCACGGGCGCACUGCAUCUGGGCCACGCACUGACGGUGACGAUCCAAGACGUGCUGGCGCGAUGGCACUGGAUGCGGGGCUUCCACGUUCACUGGCUGCCUGGACUCGACCACGCCGGCAUUGCCACGCAAAGCGUUGUCGAGCGGAAGCUGCUCGCGGAACAAGGACUUGCACGCACUGCACUGGGCCGCGACGCGUUUGUCGCGCACGUGUGGCAGUGGAAAGAGCAGUACGGCGGUCGCAUUCUUAACCAAAUAGACGAGUUGGGUACACUGGUGGACAAGAGCGAGCUCUACUUUACGCUUGACGCGCAGUGCUCUACAAGUGUCGUGCACGCUUUUGUGACGUUGUACGACAAGGGACUGAUUUACCGCCGACGGCGACUGGUCAAUUGGUGUCCGACGUUGCAGACAGCGAUUUCCGAUAUCGAAGUGGACGUCGAGCUCGUGGACAAAGCAACGAGCAAGCUGCUGCCGGGACGAACGACAGGGGUCGAGUUUGGCGUGAUGCAUCGCAUUCGAUAUCCGAUUGCCGACUCGGACGAGUACGUGGAGGUAGACACGACUCGCCCCGAGACGAUUUUUGGUGAUGUGGCAGUGGCCGUGCAUCCAGAUGAUGCGAGGUACCAGGCGUUGCAUGGCAAACACGUGGUCCAUCCGUUCUCAGGCGAACGGAUUCCGAUUAUUACGGACAAUGUGCUGGUGGAUAUGGAGCUUGGUACCGGUGCCGUGAAAGUUACACCGGCACACGACCUGAGGGACUUUGAGUGUGGGCGUCGUCACGGUCUGCCUGAAGUCGAGGUGAUGGACAAACACGGGAAGAUGUGCGGUGGCAUUGAUCAGCGCUUUGUUGGGAUGGACCGGUUUGACGCACGCCAGCGUGUUGUCGAAGAGUUGCAGCGAAUGGGUUUAUACGUAGACAAGCUUGAUCACCCGACCACGCUCUCUAUUUGCUCACGCUCGGGGGAUGUCAUUGAGCCGCUGCUCAUGCCGCAAUGGUACGUCAAGUGUGGUGCUAUGGCUCAACGAGCAGCUGACAACGUCCGCAAUGGCGUGAUGACCAUUGAGCCGAAGUCACACACGCACACGUGGUUUUACUUUCUCGACAACAUUCGAGAUUGGUGCGUGAGCCGCCAGCUCUGGUGGGGUCACCGCAUCCCGGCUUAUCGCUUGAAAUCAGGUGUCGCCGGUGCUUCUGACGUGCGCGACAACUGGUUUGUCGCAGCGUCUAUCGACGAGGCUCGUAAGAAGGCUGAGGCUGAACUCAAGUGCAAGCUGCAGGACGACGACCUGGAGCAAGACGUGGAUGUGCUCGAUACUUGGUUCAGUUCGGGUCUACUUCCUCUCUCCGUAUUCGGGUGGCCAAACGCCGGUAACAGCGACGCCAUUGCAAAUGAUCUGAGCUCUAGCUACUCGCUGGACGUCAUGGAGACUGGAUCUGACAUUCUUUUCUUCUGGGUAGCGCGCAUGGCGAUGCUAUGUGAAGAGCUUUCAGGACGUGUACCGUUCGGAAAAGUGCUGCUGCACCCGAUGGUGCGAGACAAGGCUGGCCGGAAGAUGUCGAAGAGUGUGGGCAAUGUCAUUGACCCGCUGCAUGUAAUCAAAGGCAUCAGCCUCGAUCAGCUCCGCCUGGACUUGCAGAGUGGAAAUGUCGGACCGCGCGAGCUGGAGAAAGCGGAGAAGGAGCUGGUGAAAGAGUUCCCACAGGGCAUUCCCCGUUGCGGUGCCGACGCGCUGCGUUUCACACUGGCUUCAUACCUUCAGCAGGGUCGGCAGAUCAAUAUGGACGUGCAGCGUGUCGUGUCGUAUCGUCACUUUUGCAACAAAGUGUGGAACGCCGUGCGCUAUGCUCUACCGUUGCUACAACGAGCAGACAGUGCUGACGCCAAUGCGUCUGCAGCAACGGACCUCUCUCAGCUGCGUGACGAUAUGACCUUGGCUGAUCGGUGGAUUCUGAGUCGACUGGCCGCUGUCGUGUCAGAGGUCAAUGGAGGCAUUGCGGGAAACCAGUUGGCGACGAGCGUCGCAGCUAUCCAGCGGUUUUUCGUGCAGGAGUUGUGCGACGUCUACAUUGAGUUCAGCAAGCCCGUGCUGUACGGCAACCGCCUUGACAACGACAUCGCUUCUGACCACCAACAUCGUGCUCGACAACGCAGUGCUCAAGCAACGCUGCACCGCUGCAUCGACUACUCGAUGCGUCUGCUACAUCCGUUUACACCCUUCUUGACAGAAGAGCUAUGGCAACGUAUCCGAGAUGCCGACCCUCUCGACACGUCGAAGUGCAAGCAUAAUGUUGAGGCUUCAAUUUUGAGCUCGGCGUACCCAGAAGAGAGCCACAUGCGAACAUGGGUUGACGCAGAUGCCGAAGAGCGCAUGGCACUUGUCAUCGAUGUGAUCCAUGGCAUUCGUUCCCUUCGCCACGCCGUCAAAGUGUUGGCGCCCAACGCGCCAUCUGCAAACGACAGAGAUCUUCUUACUGUUGGCGUCGUGUGUGCCAACGCGGCCUUGCACUCUGAGCUCAAGGACGCACAGCGAGAUAUCGAGACACAAUGUCGCGUGCGUGUCAAUGUUGCUGUGGAACGCGACGCUGCUUCUUUCGCAAUAUCGUCUUCGCAUGUGCUCACACACUCCGUGUCGGACUCUUGCCGAGUAAUGGUGACUAUUCCCGACGACGCCGAGACGACGCAGCGCGUAGACCGUGAAAUCGCACGCCUUGAGAAGCGUGCUGAGAAGAGUGCUGCUGCUGCUGAAGCCCUCGUGCAGCGCCAGCAGGGGCCGCAUUACGCUGCCAAAGUGCCUGAGGCCGUGCAAUUGCAGGAUGCGCAACGCUUGAUAAAGCUGCAAACCGAUUUGCACGCGACACGAAAGAGCUUGACUGCGCUGCGUAAGCUCCAGCGACUGAACUGA